GGGACCGAGACGCACAUGCCGUGAUACCGCGACGCUUGAUCUUCAGUCAGGAACGCGUCUCUGGUGCAGGUAGAUCGACGACUGAUCCGUGCUUCCGUGGUUCGUUCGCCAAUCGAUUAAUCUGUGAUUCAAUCAGUUGCCUUGCUGCUCCUUCGCACAAUCCUUGCGACGUCUGAAGGAACAUCGCUGCGACAGAACCGACGAAAAUAACAGACCGUGAAAAUCAUGGGCGGAAUGACGCAGAGACCAUGGACACCGACGAAAAGACGGGGUCCCAUCGCCGCCGAGUACACCAGCCCGGGUCCAGCUUGCGUGACCCUGCCACCGUUAAUUGGCAAGACCGUUCCCGACUCGAAGCGAGGCAGAGCUCCAGCCUUUUCUUUUGGCAGCAGACAUUCUAACAAGAAUGACAGUCCCGGACCGGGUCCCGGCCAGUACAACGUCUUCGGGCUCAGCGCGAAAGGAAAGGAUGCGGCACCGGCGUCGUCAUUGCACGGCCGCGGGAAGUCAUCGAGGCUGGAGGUGACACCAGCACCGGGUGACUACAAUCCGGAGAAAGCUGAGAAGAUCAUCCUGGACAGCUCACCGAAAUACUCGUUCGGUAUCAAAACGCAAACAGAGAAGAUCAGCUGCACACCUGCACCGAGCGACUAUUGCACUGAAAAGAUGAAUCUCGACAAAGCCCCCGAGUAUAGUUUCGGCUUAAAGCCGCUAUUGGAGAAACCGAGCGAUAUUCCUGCACCUGGAUCUUACUGUCCGGAAAAGGUAAGAUUGGACAGCGCGCCGCAGUUCACCUUCGGACUCAAGCCUCCUCUCGAGAAGCCGAACGAUACCCCAGCACCUGGCACCUACUGUCCUGAGAAAGUGAACUUGGACAAAGGUCCUCAGUACAGCCUCACAGGUAAAGGGCGCGUGGAUAGACCAGAUGACACCCCUGCGCCAGGUACGUAUUGCCCGGAAAGAGUGAAGCUGGACGCUGCACCGCAGUUCACGUUUGGACUUAGAACGCCGCUAGAGAAAACGAACGACACGCCAGCGCCUGGUACUUACAGUCCAGAGAAGGUGAACUUAGACAGGGGUCCGCAGUACAGUUUGAGUGGCAAGAUUGUUCAGGAAAGACAGAAUGAUACUCCAGCACCUGGAUCUUAUUCUCCUGAGAAGGUAAAUCUUGACAGAUCACCCGAAUACAGUUUUGGAUUGAGAACGUCACUCGACAAGCCAAAUAAUAAUCCAGCGCCUGGAGAUUACUGUCCGGAAAAGGUGAAUUUAAAUAAGGGUCCGGAGUACAGUCUGAGUGGUAAGGGACCAUCUGAAAAGUUAAGUGAUACUCCAGCUCCAGGUGCAUAUAGUCCUGAAAAAGUGAAUUUAAAUAGGGGUCCACAGUACAGUUUAUCUGGAAAAGGGAUGCCAGAAAAGCUCAACGAUAAUCCAGCACCUGGAACAUACAGUCCUGAGAAGGUAAAUUUGGAUAGAGGUCCUCAAUACAGUUUGUCUGGCAAAGGAUUACCAGAAAAGCCCAAUGAUAAUCCAGCUCCGGGGACGUAUAGUCCUGAGAAAAUAAAUUUAGAUAAAGGGCCACAGUAUAGCCUAUCUGGGAAAGGAUCACCUGAAAAACCCAAUGACAAUCCAGGCCCUGCUGAUUACUAUCCAGAGAAAGUAGUAAAUUUGGAACAUAAACCUUAUUUCAGUUUUGGUAACAGAAAACCAUUGGAUAAGCCUAGGGAUACACCAGCUCCUGGCACUUAUUCUCCAGAAAAAGUCAAUUUAGAUAAGUCUCCGGAAUAUUCAUUCGGUGUAAAGGCAUUCGUUGAGAAACCCAAUAAUAUACCUGCACCUGGAAGCUAUCACCCAGAAAAGGUAAAUCUAAACAAAUCUCCACAGUACAGCUUUGGGCAGAGGAUCAAUCUACAUGAAACAGAUUCAAUACCAGGUCCAGGCGAGUACAGUCCAGAAAAAACUAUGCUUUUAUUGGAAAAAGCAUUGCAAUUUACUUUCGGUCUCAGGACAAAUAUAGACAGACCGAACAACAUUCCAGCUCCAAAUGUUUACAACAUUCCUUCGGCUCUUGGAGGAACGAAGGAGGGUAACAAAAAAACUGCACCGGCUUUUUCAAUUUCUGGUAGACAAAAAGUGUUCACAGACGACCGUGUGUUAGUUCCUGGACCUGGGACCUAUGAAGCUGUGAAGCCAGACGCUGUUCGAGUAAAGAGUCCCGCCUACAGCAUGAGUGCUCGCGUUCACUUGCCUGAUGAUCACUCGCAAAUUCCAGGACCCGGAGCACACUGUCCAGAAAAAGUAGUUCUUGAUAUUCCUCCAGCCCAUUCAUUUGGCAUUAGACACUCACCGUAUAUAUGCAACCUGAAGGAUGUUGUUUAUUAAUACAAAAAGCCUUGCUGAAGUCGACGUUCACCAAUAUCUUACUCUGAGAUAAUAAAUUACAUAUCAUCGAUAUAACAGUAACAAUGUUUCAUUCCAAAGUGGCAAUUCUACACAUAGGCAAAUAUUUUCUUAACUUUGCUUUGCAAAACUGAUUACAGAACUUGGCAUUGCUAACUAAUUAAAUACGCUACGAAAAGAAUGGGAGUACUUUUAUAUGAAAUUGAUAUCAUGUUCAACAAUGUUAUUGUGUGCUACAAAUUGUAAUAAUUAUGUUAGUACGGACAUUAACAAUCUUUUUUCUUUUUUAACUCGUUUAAAUGUAUGCUAAGUUUUAUUACAAACAUGUGACAGAAAAAAUACAAAUAAAUAAUGUAACUUUUAUAAUAAAAUUUACAUUUUCAUGUAA